CAGAAGCAGAGCAGAGCGGCGCGCGCGCGAAGAAGCCACCGCCACCGCCAUGGCCGCCGCCGCCGCCGCCGCCGACGCCCCCUUCCUCGGCCCCGACUCCCCCGUCCACGGCACCUCCCAGACGGCCUACGUCUCGCCGCUCGCGCUUCUCAAGAUCCUCGUCCACGCGGCGCGGGACUCGCCCGUGGCGGCGAUGGGGGUGAUACUGGGCGAAGAGGUGGACGGCUUCUCGGUGCGCGUCGUCGACGCCUUCCCGCUGCCGCGCUGCGCCGGCGGCGGGGCCUUCACCCAGGCCAUCGACCCCCGCUACAUCGAGGGCAUGCUCGCCAUGCUCAACAAAACCGACAGGCUCGAAGGUGUUGUGGGGUGGUACCGCUCAAACCCUGGCUUCUAUGGCCGUCCCUCCAAUCAUGAUUCUGUUUUUCACAAGGCCUUUGAACAGCUGAACCCCAGAGCAAUACUUGUUGCUGUGGACCCUGUCAAGAGUGCGACGGGGAAUUUUACGAUGAAUGCAUUUCGAUCAGUGACCUCUUAUCAUGAAACUUCAUCCAAUGUUGGAGCACUGAAUCGAGAGUACUACAGCGUAGCGGAAGAUGAGAAACCGUUCUUCGAGUUGGACAUAUUUGCACAAGGAUUGGCCUCAGUGUUCUACUCGAUUCUGAUAAGCCAUCGGAAGAAUGACCUUGAGAUAAAUAUUUUGAAAAGCAUGGACAAGAUGGGAAGCAAAGGUUCGUCUAGUGAGGAUUGCAGGAGUCUGUGUCAGUUUCCUGUUAUGAGUGAAUCUGAGAAGAAGAAUGUUGAAGAAAUGCUGAUUGAUCUACUCACCAAGUACCAGAACGAGGAGGAAAUGCAAGAGAGUGAUGCACCUGAGAAUCCGCCUGACGCAGAAAAUCAUCUUGAAGAGCUUAAAAACCUGAUGAGUGCAUGCAUACUUCAGAUUUUUGGAAUGAUGUUGGCUUGGUCUUCCUUCUGAAUAAUCAAGGCAUCCAUACCAUAGCUCCUUCUGAUUGCUUGGUCGCUUUAACAGAAAGUUUACAGAAGUACAGUGAAAACUGACACAGAAUUAGGCAUUGUUCUACUGGUUUACACCUGAGUUCUACCAUGUACAUAGGAAUUCCCUGCUGUUCUCAGUUCUGAUAUGGUACAGUCUUAGCAAUGCAUAUGCUUCGUGUUUGUGAUAGACAAAAACACUCUUAUACUGUUCCAUACAUUCGCUUCCGGAAGAAGACUUGUUGUAAUUGUUGCAAAUUGCAGUUCUACUCUGAAAUUUUGUCA